GGAUCAAUAUUUCACCGGGAUCAUUCAAAUGUCCUCAUAAUGAUGUCUUGGAACACUGGGACAGCUCUUUUAGCCGCCAGUCUGCCUUCAAUUAGAACUUCAACCGUUCUAAAUAUAUUUAAUCCGACGAGGUCGUUCUUUUGGGUGGCUGUUAGGUCAAGAUAUCUUUUUGCCUUUUAAGAUCAUCCAAGACACUGCGCCGCCAACUUACAUCACACAUGUCUCCAGCAUAGAUCUUUGUAUAUUACUUGCGAUUGCUUGCAAUGAGCUUAUUGCGAUCGAAACAAAAGGUCCAUUGAAUCACAAUUCAUCAAUCCGAUAAUUCCGAGUUUUAUUUCGGAAUCUCUAGUUUUUGGUGAAGUUACCAAACAAUGAGGCAAACUCGUGCACUCGCUACUUUUGGCGCAAUCGUGUUCAUAGCAUUGAUCGUUAGUCUUUCUCAUUUAAACUCUGACGAUUUAUCGAGUUACAUUCCACAAAAAGCUCAGAAUUAUUUUCAUUAUGAGACACCACCAGAUUCAGAAGAGAUUUCAAGGCUAAAUGGAAUCUUGGAGGAGUUCUUAUCACGCCCAGUUCUAUCCUAUAAUGACGCUGUUUCAAUGAAUUCCCAAACCUGCCCGGUUAAUGGAACUAAUUUUGACCGAGGUGCUGUCGAUGGAAAUGUGAAAACAUGGGCAGAUAUACCUUCAUCUCAGAUUUACGCGUGGCGCAAAGGUAUCACAACGAAUUUACGUCGCAAACAAAUUGAGAUGAUUGGGAAAGCGAGCUCAUCACCACUCUCUAACACCGACGUGCCGGGAAUGGAGAAGAAGAUCAACAGAGGAAUUGUAAUGGCCGCAGGAGAUCGCCCAGCCCUGAUUCGUGCGCGAACUUCUCUUAGGCUUCUAAGAUCUUACAACUGCACGUUGCCAGUCGAGAUAUUUCAUUUCGACUCCGAAUUGUCUGCACCUGCCCUUAGUAGUCUUCUCUCCGAUAUAAAAGAGUUGCAGAACUCUGACUCGGGUACUAGCGGCAUCAACAUUACAAUGCGUGUAGUAGAAGACGUAUCGAAAGGGUCGGGGUGGAAAGAUUUUCAGAUAAAGGGAGCCGCCAUUCAGCAAUCUUCAUUUGACGAGAUCCUGUAUUUAGAUACAGAUUCUUAUCCUCUACGGAAUCCCGAAUAUCUGUUCGAAGGAAGAGAAUGGAGAGAUACAGGACUUCUAUUAUGGCCUGAUUAUUCAAAAUCUCAUCCCACAAAUCCGAUGUGGCGUUUAUUGGGCCAGCCAUGUCGGAAUGAAUACGAAGGAGAAUCUGGGCAGGUUAUGAUAUCUCGAACUCGGCACCAGGAUAUUCUAUGGUUGAUCGAGUAUUUUGCUUUUCAUCAUGAAGAAUUUUAUGGAUUCAUGGGAGGUGAUCGAGAUUCGUUUCGGGCUGCUGCACUUCUUCUUGGAAAGCCAUGGACGGGCCCAGGAAGAAUGAACGCUGUUGGAGCUGCAAAAAUUCCUGGAAAGCCCCAAUCGGGAGGACAUACAAUGCUUCAAGCAGAUCCAUCUGGAAAGUGGAUGUUCGUACAUGCGAAUUUGAUCAAGCAUUCUCAAUUCGCGAAGCCACUUUGGUCGCAGGUUCAUAGAAUUCGCGAUGAUUCUUUCAAGGAAGGUACCACAUAUGGCAAUAUUGAAUCGCCAAAUGAUAAGAUUGGGGAGGGUGUUAAGUUAGACGUAGCUGUCAACCCUAGAUUGGUAACGAGUAUGUCUACUUUCGAAGGAUACGAUGAAGAUUUGGUCGCCGUUGAAGAUUGGGAUUCAUACGAGGAAUUAAAAGGAUUCGAAGAGAAGUGGUUUGGCUUUGGUGGUGUACAUUAAUUACACAUAAUUAGUGCUUUGAAGUCUUGUAUUUCCGGUUUGGGACGAGCAGGUGAGCUAAGAGACAUUAUAUAUAGAAUGCACAUAUUAGAUUCGGAGCGAAUGGCAGCAAUAUUAUUUAUUAUCCAAACAUGAAAGCUGAUUGUAUUGAAUGCCACUUUUGGACAGCCUAUCA